CGGUCUUUCACUCAUCAUGGCUGACUACGAGAAUGACAACGGCCGUUACGCCGACGAGCCCCGAUACGACCGCGACCGCAGCGCUUCUCCUCGCGAUGAGCCUCGAGCCGACCGCGACCGCGCUCGCAGCCGUUCCCCCAACGGCCGCUCCGACGACAGAGCUCCUAUUUCCCGCAAGCCCGUUGAGGAAGAGGAUGAGGGCGCCAUCAACUCCGGCUCCAACCUUUUCGUCACUGGCAUUCACCCCCGUCUGACCGAGUCCGACAUUUCGCGUCUCUUCGAGAAGUACGGUGAUGUUGACAACUGCUCGAUCAUGCUGGAUCCCCACACCAAGGAGUCUCGCGGAUUCGGUUUCGUCAACAUGGUUACCGCGGAGCAGGCAGAUGCCGCCAAGGAAGGUCUGCAGGGCGAGGUCAUCGAGGGUCGCACCUUGAGCAUCGAGAAGGCUCGUCGCGCCCGUCCUCGCACUCCUACUCCCGGAAAGUACUUCGGACCUCCCAAGCGUGAGGGUGGUGGUCCUGGUGGUGGCCGUGGAGGUGGUCCCCGCCGUGACCGUUACGAUGACCGCCGUGGACCCUACGGUGGUGGUGGCUGGCGCCGUCGCGACGACGACUACUCCCGCUACGGUCGCUAUGACUCUUACAACGACCGCCGUGAAUAUGGCCGCAGCGACUACGGCCGCGAUUACCCCCGCCGUGACUACGGUGGCGGCGGUGGCGGUCGCGACUAUGGUGGUCGCCGUGAGUCUCGCGAUGAUUACGGUUACCGUGGAGGUGCUGAUCGCUACGGAGGUGGCCGUGAGGAUCGUUACAGCCGCGAUGACCGUCGUGGCGGUGGUGAUGAGCCCCGUGGUGGAGGAGGAGGAGGAGGUGGUGGUGGUGGUGGCUACUACGACCGUGAUGCUAACCCUCCUUCUUUCGAUGCUGCUGGCCCUCCUCGUGAGGCUCGCGACCCUUACGCCGGUGGUGGUGGCAGCCGUUCCUACGAAGGUCAGGCACGCAGCGGUGGCGGCGAGGACCGCUACGCUGGCAGGUAA